GAGAGAGAGAGAAAGCAGAGUUUUUCCACUCCAUUCGAUUCUCACAGAUUCGUCGGUCUCUCUCUCUCUCUCUCUCUCUCUCUCUCUCUCUUUCUUCUGAAAAGGAAAAGCAAAACCUCAUUCUUCCUCCAUUGCCUCCAGCUCCUACUCAUCCAUCGUUCAUUUCUUCGAAGCUUCAUGAAUCCCUCUGAAUCUUCAUCUCUCCCUCAGCAGCCUCAGGUCGCACGUAUUCAGAUCUGAAGGCGUGGACGAAGAUUUAUUAAUGGGUUUACUAGUGAUGGUUCCUCACGUUUUCGUUGUACAUUUUUCAUCCUCUUGAGUUCUUCGUGUGCUAAGGACAUAGCUUUUGGCUCGCUUGGGCUUUUUGUCUUUUAGCAUUUUGACUAGUCAACCCAAGGUCUGUAUUGCUAAGUUUCUGGAGUUUUUCGAAACUGAAACUGCAUUUGACAAGUAAAGGCAAAGUAAAAGUUUUAUCCGAUCCGUUAGCCUGGGCGGGUUUUGGAAAUUUUGAUUUUCGAACUUGAGUUUCUAAUAGUUGUUGGGCUAAAACUCCAUUUUUGUAGUUUUUGGAUUGGUCUUUACUGAAUGCAGAAAAUGCCGAAACCUCCUCACGAAGAUUUUUCUCUAAAGGAGACCUACCCCCACCUCGGUGGUGGGAAGGUCACUGGGGAUAAACUCAAAGCCACUUAUGACCUGGUCGAGCAGAUGCAAUAUCUCUAUGUUCGGGUUGUCAAGGCAAAGGAUUUGCCUGCAAAAGAUCUUACUGGUAGCUGUGAUCCGUAUGUCGAAGUUAGGCUUGGAAAUUACAAGGGUACAACUAGGCAUUUUGAGAAAAAAACAAAUCCAGAAUGGAACCAGGUGUUUGCCUUCUCCAAAGACCGGAUUCAAGCUUCGGUCCUUGAGGUCACAGUCAAGGAUAAGGAUGUGGUCAAAGAUGAUUUUAUUGGUCGGGUGUGGUUUGAGCUCUGUGAGGUCCCAAAACGGGUACCUCCCGACAGUCCUCUAGCACCACAGUGGUAUAGAUUGGAAGAGAGGAAUGGGAUGAAAGUUAAGGGAGAGCUGAUGUUGGCAGUUUGGUGGGGUACCCAAGCUGAUGAAGCAUUUCCUGAAGCUUGGCAUUCGGAUGCUGCAGCAGUUAGUGGUGCUGAUGGUCUUGCAAACAUGCGGUCAAAGGUGUAUCUUUCACCUAAGCUGUGGUAUCUGAGGGUCAAUGUCAUUGAAGCUCAGGACUUGCUGCCAAGCGACAGGAGCAGGUUCCCUGAAGUUUUUGUGAAGGCUAUACUUGGGAAUCAGGCUUUGAGAACUCGAAUCUCUAUGAGUAAGACCAUCAAUCCAAUCUGGAAUGAGGAUUUGAUGUUUGUAGCAGCCGAACCAUUUGAGGAACCCUUGAUUUUGAGCGUGGAAGAUAGACUUGCACCAAACAAGGAAGAAGUUCUGGGCAGGUGUGCAAUUCCUUUACAGUGUGUGGAGAAGAGGCUAGAUCAUGUUCAUAGGCCUCUGUACUCCAAGUGGUAUAAUCUUGAGAAGCAUGUUAUCGUGGAGGGGGAGAAGAAGAAGGAAAUCAAGUUUGCCAGCAGGAUUCAUAUGAGGAUCUGUUUGGAAGGUGGUUACCAUGUUCUGGAUGAAUCAACUCACCACAGUAGUGAUCUGAGGCCUACAGCAAAACAGUUGUGGAAGCCCAGCAUUGGGGUUCUGGAAUUGGGGAUUCUAAAUGCUUGUGGGUUGACACCUAUGAAGACAAUAGAUGGCCGGGCAUCAACUGAUGCUUAUUGUGUUGCCAAAUAUGGGCAGAAGUGGGUUCGUACAAGGACAAUCAUUGGUAGCUUUACUCCCAAAUGGAAUGAGCAAUACACCUGGGAGGUUUUUGAUCCAUGCACUGUUGUUACCAUUGGGGUAUUUGACAACGGCCACUUGCAUGGGGGAGAAAAGCCUGGAGGGACAAAGGAUUCUAGGAUCGGAAAGGUAAGAAUUCGUCUUUCUACCCUUGAAACUGAUAGGGUUUACACCCAUUCCUAUCCGCUAUUGGUUUUACACCCCUCUGGAGUGAAGAAGAUGGGUGAAAUUCAUUUGGCUGUGAGAUUCUCGUGCUCCUCUCUCCUGAAUAUGAUGCAUAUGUACUCUCGUCCACUGUUGCCAAAAAUGCACUAUCUUCAUCCAUUGACAGUCAGCCAGCUCGACAGCUUGAGGCACCAGGCCACGCAGAUUGUGUCCAUGAGACUAAGUCGUGCUGAGCCACCAUUGAGGAAAGAGGUGGUGGAGUACAUGCUGGAUGUUGGUUCCCACAUGUGGAGCAUGAGAAGAAGCAAGGCCAAUUUCUUCAGAAUUAUGGGAGUGUUGAGUGGUUUAAUUGCUGUGGGAAAAUGGUUUGAUCAGAUAUGUAACUGGAGGAACCCGAUCACCACAGUUCUCAUUCACAUCUUAUUUCUAAUACUGGUGCUGUACCCAGAACUGAUUUUACCCACCAUUUUCCUCUACCUCUUCCUGAUCGGGGUGUGGUACUACAGAUGGAGACCGAGGCAUCCUACACACAUGGACACUCGGCUCUCCUGUGCCGACACUGCACAUCCUGACGAACUGGAUGAAGAAUUUGACACAUUUCCAACUUCCCGUCCUAAUGAUAUGGUGAGGAUGAGGUAUGAUCGUCUGAGAAGUAUUGCAGGGAGGAUUCAGACGGUGGUGGGUGAUUUGGCCACCCAAGGGGAGAGGCUGCAGUCGUUGCUGAGCUGGAGGGACCCGAGAGCGACUGCUCUGUUUGUGAUUUUUUGCUUGGUUGCUGCCAUAGUUCUCUACGUUACACCGUUCCAAGUUGUGGUGUUUCUCACAGGAUUUUAUGUAUUAAGACACCCAAGGUUUCGUCAUAAGCUUCCCUCGGUGCCACUCAAUUUCUUCAGGAGGCUACCAGCUAGAACUGACUCUAUGUUAUGAGCAAUGCCAGUUUUGGGGUCCCAUUCCCCCUGGCUUCUUUCUGUUAAGAACAUGAAGAGACUGAUGGAACUUUUCCCAAGGGGUUGGGAGUAUCAGUCCCUGGUAUGAUUUUCAUUCUCUCCUCUCUCUCUCUCUUUCUCUAUCUAUCUAUCUAUCUGAACCUAGAUGAUCUUGUGGAUUUGUAUAUUUAUGCAUUGAAUUAUGAGUUCCUGUUUCAUGACGACUUUUGGCAAUCCCAUCAAUGUUGGAUUUGUAAUUUUGUAGCC